GAACUACGUAGUGAUUACAGGUGAUUACCUAUGGUGAUAACCAUGCCAUGUGAUUACAUACUCUUUGGAUGGGUGUUAUUCUGUAAUUUCUUAGCAACGGCUUCCUGUUUAUUUUCAUUUUAAAAUAAAAUAAAAUUGUCUUAAAAAGCUAAAAUUGAAUUUUUUGCAACUGAUGCAAAAUGAAGAAGGUUUCGAAAGACCUGGCGCCAAUAGCCAUUCCUCAUGGGCCUCCUGUGGAAUCCACAUCAGAGUAUUACAAAUCGUUGAUGGAAAGCUCGCGUAUGGUAAAAAAAUAUCCAGUAUGGGACGUAGCGCGGCCGACACCGCAAGUGCUGAUGGAGCAGGCGCGCAGAGACCUGAUGGAGGCCGACGAGAAGCUCGCCCUGAAACGGGAAGAGGAGAGCGCCAACAGGGCUUUGAUGGAUAGCAAGUGGCAGGACUUGCGCAACAAGGAGAUGCUGCUAAAGGAGUCAUUUAUUAGCUUCAACAAGUUUAUCAGAGAAAACCAAGAGAAGCGCGAUCGGGCGCAGCGUAAGAUGGAAGCCGACACGGAGGUGCUGGAGCGCAAGACUCGCGAGACGGAGGCCAUGCGCCAGAGGGUCGCGGAGAUGAAGGAGGUCAAGCAGCUCAUGGAGAAACAAGUCCGCGAUUACACCAUCUAUGAGGAUUACCUAAUGUCGGUGGUGCUUAACUAUCCAGAAUUCAAGCAACCGUUGGAUGUACUCAACCGAUACGAAGCCUUAGCUGCCGCGAAAGCCACACUAGCAGAGCGGCAAGAGCGGGACUUGGAAAUGUUGGAAAACGCACGCCAAGAGAUCGCAGCGCUCACUGAGGAGAAGAAACUGUUUAUCAUGGGCCUGAACAAUACACUCGCAAAUCUCAGAUGGCGCUACGACAAGGUACGCAAUCGCGUGAUCAAAUGGGAAUUAGCCUUAAAUCGGCUCAAAGAGACUGCAGCGAAGAGGCACGUUGAGCUCUGCCACGUCAGAGCAGCUAUAUGGAGCUUGUAUGUGAAGAUCUGCAAACAGAAGGGCCUGGCGGUAGAGGUGAAGACGUCCGACUUCGAGCAACAGCUGGUGGUUAUUAUGAGGGCGUUGUUGGAACUGAAGCGCAUUUAUAGAAUCGCACAACGGCGGUCCAAGGAGAAAGAUGCAGAAUCUUUGCACACUGCUUGAAAAAAGAAGACAGCAGACUUUUAACUAAUGGAUUGCUUUUAUUGGUGUAAUUUUUAUUUCAAUUGUAUAACGCUAUUAAAUUUUUUUAAA